AUGGGCGACCAUAAUUCGGGCCGAUUAGAGGCCUUAUUAGAUUUUUUUAUUAAAAAAUACCCCGAAGCGUACAAGGAGUUCACCGAUGUGAACCCCGAAGUAAAGCCCACCUCAUUCGAUACGGACAGCCCAGCCUCACCGGACUGUCCAAAAAGCAAUCCAUGCGACAUGGAUUGCUCACCAAUCGGCUCGGAAGCCGAGUCAGAUUCAACGCCGUCCUCCUCAGACGCAGAGGAGGAUAACGACGGGUUUGAAACAGUCAUAACAAAAUCAGGUAAAAGAAAGGCGGCCAAGUCAUUAAAGGCGCCGCCGCCAACCAAGAAACCGUCAACCCCAGCAGCUGCCGGUGCAGCUGCGCGCGCACCUGCGGGCACACCUGUGUCCGCACCUGCGGGCACACCUGUGUCCGCACCUGCGGGCGCACCUGCGACCGCUCCUGCGGGGCUACCUGGGUCCGCACCCAAACUCUGA